AUGCACUACAUUGGCAUUGGUUGCGACCUAAAAAACCUGAAGAAAUUGGAGGAAGCACUGAAGAGCGAGAUUGGCACCUCUCCGUCUUCAAUUCUUUGCAUCGCCGAAGUGUCCCUGACUUACAUGGAUGUCGAAUCUGCCGAUGCGCUCAUCUCCUGGAUACCAACCCUUGGUGAAGGUCAGAGCGGAAUUUUCUUCCCAGAUGGACCAGAUCACCCCUUCGCUGUCACUAUGAUGAAGCAUUUCAACAAGCUCCAGGCGCCUCUCCAUUCCAUUCACAAGUAUCCGUCUCUGAGCGCUCAGGAGCAACGCUUUAUCGAUGCAGGCUGGAGACAGGCAUGCGCACGGAGUCUACAGGAUGUCUGGAAUGACAACUCUUUCCUCAGCAGUUCCCAGCGACUCUCUCUGGAUAAAGUCGAGGCAUUCGAUGAAUGGGAAGAGUUCGCGCUCUUUGCCUCACACUAUUUCCUCCUUUCGGCUUCUACUACUACAAAAGAAGGUGUCCAUAACGGUUGCUCGAGGCAAACGCUAUCCUCAUCUGACCUGCAAACAACUCACCGCCUCCCCCUGAGACUUCUCCAUGCACCUUCCAGCGGUCAGCGACGAUACGGUGCUAUUAUUCCGGAUAGCAGCACGUCGCUUGGUGUGCACGGCGGGCUGGGGAGCAAAUCCCGUCUAUUAUCAACAGACGUCUACACCAGUUCUGACAGUGUCAAGGUCCCGGUCCGGCCUCUACCCCCACCGAAAAUCCCUGCGCGGAUGUGCCAUACGGUAACAGCGCUGCGCGACGAUGAUUGUCUCCUUGUUGGAGGUCGCACGUCCCCUACGGCAGCCCUGAGCGACUGCUGGAUUAGGGAGGGAGAUGUGUGGACAGAGAGUCAUCCUCUUCCCUCCUCUCGCUUCCGACAUUGUGCGACCCGCUUGCAUCUCAGCGACAAAGAGGAUUGCGUUCUGGUCUACGGCGGCAAGACUGAAAAAGGUGACGUUCUGAACGACUGGUUGCUCUGGCAUGGUCGAAUUGGAUGGCAGAGACUUGAAGUAGCUGGCGGUAGCCCUCCUGCACGUUUUGGGGCGUGCAUGGAAAGUAUCGAUGGUUGUUCUGGGGUUUUGUUUGGAGGCAUGACACAGGACGGGAUAGUUCUGGACGAUUUCUGGACGUGGACGGUAUCUGAGCGCGGUGAUGGAUCAAAGAUACUAGAAUUAAUUGACCAGAGCAAGAAUUUUCAGGCUGCUACGCCUCUGGCCAAAUUCGUGGGCCGGUUCGGAGCAACAGCUAACAUGACUACCUAUGGUCUGGUGAUAAUCGGUGGCAUUGGUAUGCAGGGCGUUGUGCCUGCCGACUACGAGAUCAUGCUUCUCAACACACAGGAAUUGAUACGCUGUCGGGCCUCUGAUACACCGUGGACUGAAACUAUAUUGUCCGCUGUUGGUCUGGGGCACGAAUUCAGCGGACCCCGUCCACUCCUGAGCGGCCAUGUCUCGUGCGCUACAAGUCCUUCAGAGGUCCUGGUGGUGGGCGGCGGCGCAGUAUGCUUCUCGUUUGGGACCUUUUGGAAUGACGGCACGUGGCAGCUGCAGGACGCAACAUCCGACCGCAACAAUCGAUGGGCCAUGCUGCGGGAACCGGCAGCACCAGACGAGAACACACCAAAGCCGACGCCCCAGCCGAGCCUCCAGGAGCCAGCAAGUAUGAACGAAAUUAAACAGAUUCCACGGCGAGCCAUCAGAACUCCCGAGGAGUUUCAAGAAGUCAUUGCGCAGUCCAGACCGGUCGUCAUUCCAGAAGCCGACCUGGGACGCUGCACGGAGCUCUGGACGAAAGACUACUUGACCAGAACCGUUGGCUUCGACCGCAAGGUUGUGGUCCACGAGGCUCGCUCGGAGCACAUGAACUUUCAGAAGAAGAACUUCUCCUAUGUCACCAAGGAUUUCGGCGCCUUUCUGGACGAAGUGUAUGCCGGGAGUCGCCAGUAUCUGCGUUCGGUUUCGGCCGAUCAGCCAUCGAAACUCCCUGCCAACCUGGCUGAGGACUUCCCCGAGCUGAAAAAUGACUUCCAUCUUCCUUCCCAGCUAGCGUUCGCCGAGGAGAACGCCCACAGCUCUCCACUGCGGAUAUCCGGGCCUGUUACGAUGUGGCUCCAUUACGAUGUCAUGGCGAACGUCCUCUGCCAGAUCCAAGGCCAAAAGCGACUCAUUCUGUAUCCUCCAUCCGACGUACAGUACCUGCAGUUGCCCGCGGGCGCAUCAAGCUCUACGAUCGAUAUAUUCGAGAAUAUGACUGACGGACGCAUCGCUUCGAUUCCGCACACCUCGCCGCACGAAGCGAUCCUGAAACCAGGCGACAUCCUGUUCAUCCCCCCAUUGUGGCUCCAUACGACAGCUCCGGUGGGGGGCGUGAGCAUUGCUGUGAAUGUCUUCUUCCGCAACCUGUCCAAGGGGUAUGCGGCUGGUCGAGACGUGUAUGCCAACCGGGACCUGCAGGCGUAUGAGAAAGGCCGCAACGACGUGGCGAAGAUCGCACGCUCGUUCGAGGGCCUUCCGCCUGACAUGGCUCGGUUUUAUCUGUUGAGGUUGGCAGAUGAGUUGCGAGAAAAGGCGUACGGGUGA